GCCAGAUGUCUCUGCAAAGUUCAAAGCACACAACGUGGACUGUCCGUCGGCCGAGUCGACCGCCCGGGUUUUAAUACAAUAUCAAAAUGCACGUGCAAGAGAUGCUUCCCUGGUGCAGAACGGGGACGACAACGACGACUAGAACGGCGAAGGAAGACCUUCCAGUUGAGCAGGCUUUCAAGGCUGGCGGCGAUGUGAAGCCUACUGAACAGCGAACCUCUGAGGCUUCGACCACGCCAGCCACCUCGUCUUCGGACGAUGUUGCGUUGGAGCAGUUCAAUUCUCUAAUCCGUGGUGAUGGGUUGCAGAGUCUCGAGCAGCCACCGCCUCUGCCAUUCGAUGUACGACAUCACAAGUCGUCCUUGUCAAUCUUCACGAUUCUGGUCCUGACAGAAUGUUGUUUCCUGCCGAUCGCGCUGUAUUACGGGCUGAGUAAAGGGACGAGCAUGAGAUCUGGAAUCUACUUUGCCAUCAUCACAAGUCUGUUUGGCUUUGUGACUGGCUAUGAAUUUGGCAUUCGAAGCUGGCGGUUGGUGCAGCCAAGUGAUCAAUAUCGCCCGUUGUUCGGCAGCCCCCGGUUCUGGGGAUUUGACAGCACUCAAUAUUUUCUGAUGCCACCCUUCACAGUCAUGAUGAUCAUUCUGAUCAUCUUCAGCAUCCCUCGGUAUCCUUCGAUCCGCGCAUUAGCACUCCCGAUGCCGGUGGGAAUGAUAGUAAUGGGGGCCAUGUUAGUUGCCAACGGCUGGGCUGCGCAUCAUCGCUGGACGCUACGGCAUUUCAGGCUCAGUUCACAUGCGAAGAACUCUAUCUGUCCGCCGCUCACGUUCUGCCUGUUUGAGGAUAUCUGCGCCGUGGAUGGGAAAGGGGGAAAGGAACUUCGCACGGCCGCCCUGGUCAGAUACCAUGCAUCCCCGCGCUUUCGAGCACUGCUGAUGCACCUGCUAUGGUUCUGGUCCAUCCCCGCAAUGUUUGUUGGUGCAGCGCUCAUUGUGGCGAUAUACCUUACUACUGAUGACGUUGCUUAUGGCGUUGGCUGGGGGGCACCCACAGUGUGGGCGGUUCUUUGGACCGGGGUUACGGUCGUAUGGGCGAGAAGUGCAUUGCGAAUUGAGCGUAAAACCUGGUCGUCAGACAGGUCAUAAACGGCCCGGAGGGCGGCAUCAAGCAUCGACUGAAAUUUGACCCCUAGAUAGGAUUGCAUGGCAACGAG